AUGCAAAAGUCUAAGCUUAUGAGAAAUAGAUCGAACAGUUAUAAUUAUACCUCUCUGUCAGAUUUUCAAAUAGAUCCUAAAACUCGGUCUCAAAGUCUUUCGUUACCGAAUUCCAAUGCAUCUAGCAUUCGAAAUAAUUCAGGUGGUGAGAAACCAAAAGUAGAGGACAAUGUUACGAAUAACAAAAAGUCUAAGAAUCCCAUAAUUAAGGUUAUUCAUUCAUUCAAAAGAUCUGCAGAUAUUGAUCUUGAGACUGGCGAGACAAAAUUAAAGUCCGAGCUAAAUGGAUUUUCGUUGCAAAUGAUAGCAAUUGGAGGGUCAAUUGGUACAGGUUUACUAUUAGGUAGCGGAAAAUCCUUAAGUGAAGGUGGAGCGGUUCCAUUGUUACUAGGAUAUUUGCUAGUAGCAACAUUUAUAUACUGCAUGUGUCAAGCUUUGGGUGAGCUCCUGGUGGCCAUGCCAGUGACAGGAUCUUUUACCAAGUAUUCAGUUAUGUUGAUAGAUAAGAGUUGGGGGUUUGCAAUGGGUUGGAAUUAUUGUUUGCAAUGGUUAAUCUUAUUACCUAUGGAAUUAGUUGCAGCUUCAAUGACAGUUAAAUUUUGGCCAGUUGUAGCAGAUUACUUGCCUGACUAUAUGGUUAUCACCAUAUUCUAUGCGAUUAUUAUUCUCAUGAACUUACUUAGUGUAAAAUACUAUGGGUUGUUUGAAAUUAUCUUCUCAUUAUUGAAAGUUGUUGCUAUUAUAAUAUUUUUGAUUAUCGGAAUAUUUAUAGAUAUUGGUGUUAUAGGGAACGAGAGAAUCGGAUUUAAGUAUUGGAAGGAUCCAGGAAUUUUCUCCGGAAAUGGAUUCAGUGGAUUCAUUGGGGUUAUAGUUACAGCGGCAUUUAGUUUCUCUGGAAGUGAAUUAGUAGGUAUUACAGCAUCAGAAGCAAGAAAUCCAGAUAAGGAAGUUCCUAAGGCUAUUAAACAAGUUUUCUGGAGAAUAUGUGGAUUCUAUUUGUUUUCAUUAUUUAUAAUAGGCUUAUUAGUGCCAUUUAAUCAUCCUAACCUAGUUGGAGACCAUAAAUCAGACGUCAAUGCGUCCCCUUUUGUAUUGGCUUUGACCAAUACGAGGGAUAAUACAUUUGCGAACAUAAUGAAUGUUGUGAUACUUAUUUCAAUACUAUCGGUUGGAAAUAGUUCUAUCUAUGCUUCUUCAAGAACUCUAAUUGCACUCUCUGAAAACAAGCAAGCACCUAGUCUCUUAAACUAUAUAGAUAAGAAGAAGCGGCCCUUGAUUGCAAUUGGAAUAUCCAUUAGUUUUGGCUCGUUAGCCUAUAUAUCGGUACUUUCUCCAACAGGUUCAGAGAUUAUGUUCCUUUGGCUUAUGUCCAUAUCUGGGAUAUCAGUGUUGUGUACAUAUGGAACCAUUACGUUUUGCCAUAUAAGGUUCAGAAAGGUAUUGAAAUUAAAUAAAAUUUCCUAUAAAGAAGAAUUACCCUUCUGUUCUCAAAUAGGACUUACAGGAUCUUGGUAUGGAUUGUUCAUAAGUGUUGUGAUAGCCAUAUCUCAAAUAUAUAUUGCCAUCACACCGGUAAAUGGACACUUUGCUAUAACUGAUUUCUUUCAAAAGGUAUUAGGAUUAAUGGUUAUAUCAAUAUUCUACCUAGCUCAUAAGAUAUAUUUGUACACAAGAUAUGGAGAGUUUCAGCUUUUGGUUGAUUUGAAGACCGUUGACAUGAAGUUCGGACGGUUCGCCAAUGACCAAAUUAGACAAGAGUUUAAAACCAAAUUUCAGCAGGAACGAUUCAUUAUGAAUCAAAAACCGUGGUAUACUAAGAUUUACAAUGUUUGGUGUUGA